CCCAAAGUCCGAAACCCAACCCGGACCAAACAAAACCAAACACCACCUCCUCUUCCUCCUCCGUCGCGUCAUCGCCAUAGUUUCAUCCUCGCCCCAAAUUCCCCCAAAUCGAUCUCCCUCCGCACCCCGAAUCCCCACGCCACCGCGCCGGAAUCCGGCGCGCCCCGCCCCGAUCCGUCCGAUCCGUGCCGAAUCGCCGCCGCUCGGGGCGGAACCCUAGCCUGAUCUUGACCCCCCGCCGAUGGGCGCCGGCCGUGUCUGCCGCGGCGGCCCGUCCUCCUCCCCCGCCGGGGCCGCCGCGGGGCGGCCGUUCCCGCCGCUCGCCGCCUCCUCGUCCUCCGCCUCCCCUUCCUCGGCCCCCUCCGAGACGGCGUCCACGUCGGUCACCAAGACCGUCAACGGGUCGCACCAGUUCAAGAUCGCCGGCUACUCCCUCUCCAAGGGGAUCGGGGUGGGGAAGUACAUCGCCUCCGAGUCCUUCUCCGUGGGGGGAUUCGACUGGGCGAUCUACUUCUACCCCGACGGGAAGAGCGCGGAGGACGGCGCCGCCUACGUCUCGCUCUUCAUAGCCCUCGCCAGCGAGGGCACGGAUGUGCGCGCGCUCUUCGAGCUCACGCUCGUCGACCAGAGCGGCAAGGGGCAGGACAAGGUGCACACCCACUUUGGGAGGUCGCUCGAGAGCGGCCCGUACACCCUCAAGUACCGCGGAAGCAUGUGGGGCUACAAGCGUUUCUUCAAACGGUCUGCCCUGGAAACAUCAGACUAUCUUAAAGAUGAUUGCCUCUUAGUGAACUGCACUGUUGGUGUUGUGCAAUCACAUACUGAAGGACCAAAGAUAUACACAAUACCUGUACCGCCAUCCAACAUGGCUCAACAUAUUGGUCAGCUACUGGCAAGUGGAAAGAGAACUGACAUUACAUUCGAAGUUGAUGGCGAGAUGUUUCCUGCGCACAAGGUUGUUCUUUCAGCCCGGUCUCCAGUUUUUAGGGCACAACUUUUUGGUCCUAUGAAGGAUAAGAAUAUGAAGUGCAUUAAGAUUGAAGACAUGGAGGCUCCAGUAUUCAAGGCUUUGCUCCAUUUCAUGUAUUGGGAUGAGUUGCCAGAUAUUGAAGAACUUACUGGUGUAAAUACAACUUGGGUGUCCACCUUGAUGGCUCAGCAUUUGCUUGCUGCUGCAGACCGCUAUGCAUUGGAGAGAUUAAAGUUGCUCUGUGAACUUAAGCUGUGUGAAGAUGUUGCCAUAAACACAGUUGCAAACACUUUGGCGCUGGCUGAACAGCACCACUGUUAUCAGCUAAAAACUGUUUGCUUGAAAUUCGUGGCUCUGCCUGAGAAUUUGAAAGCUGUCAUGCAAACCGAUGGGUUUGAUUAUUUGCAGCAAAGCUGCCCGUCCCUUCUGACCGAGCUUCUUGAGUAUGUGGCCAAGGUAGGAGAGCACUCUGUCACUCCCUGCUUGUAUUCAACUGAAGUCCUUGAUGGCGGUGAUGCCAAUGGAAGACGUGUGAAACCAAGAAUUUAACGGCUGCCCAGAUGAGCCUAGAAGAGGAGAUCCUUGUGUCUUUUUUAUUGUAAAGUGUUUUCCUGUAUCGGUGCUUUUGUGGUGCCAUAUCAUGAAUGUUGUAGCGUGUGUUUGUGUGUGUUGCGACUUCCAUCCCUCUCUUCCUAGCCACUGUGGAGCGAGUUAUGGCUAAUAUAUAUCCUACUGACUAGUGUACUUCAAUUGCAUUGCUGCAAAGCAUGGUUCCUUUGCAGCUUGUGGUCAUAAGUGCAAACAGGUGGCACGGCAAAGAUGGUUUUGCGCAAGGUUUGAUGAAGUGGGGAUGACGGCGCAGAAUGUUCUUUUCAUCAAGUAUUCACCUUGUGCUAGGCCAGAUUUGUCGAUUCGUAGUCAUCUGUAUUUGACUCUAUUUGACUGUAUCCAAUUGAAAUGAUGAAAUGCAAUGAAAUGUAUCUGUGGAGUCAUGCUUGGACUUUCACUUGCAUACUCUGAA